AUGCAGGACUUCUGGCAGGCCCAUGAGGAUCAGCCGCUGCUGGGCAGAAACAAGAUCCUGGCCGGUGUGUGUCCGGGUGUAGCGGGACUGCUGCUCGUCAAGCUUGCAGCGUUGCUGGUCCUUAUCGGCGGUGUUGCGCGUCGAGAUGAGGGUGGCACCCACAUCCGUGGAGAGCUGCACCUUCUACUUGUAGGAGACCCCGGCACGGGCAAGUCCCAGAUCAUGAAGUGGUGUUGCCAGGCGAGCCCAGGCCGUGCAGUGCUGACGACGGGCCGGGGUAGUAGUGGCGCGGGCCUUACCGUAUCAGCGGUGCGCGAAGGGAACAGCUGGGCCUUGGAGGCGGGCGCACUGGUCCUUGCGGAUGGAGGGCUGUGCUGCAUUGAUGAGUUUGAUGGCAUCCGGCCAGCUGAGCGCGCCGUUAUACACGAGGCCAUGGAGCAGCAGACCGUGCACGUCGCGAAGGCUGGCUUGGUGACCAGCUUGAGCACUCGCACUGCCAUCAUCGGCGCCAUCAACCCACAACCGCGCAUGACAAUGACGUGUUCACGGCCACUUGCAGAUAUAACUGGUCUAGAGGGUCCCUUGCUUUCCCGUUUCGACUUGGUGCUGAUGCUGGCUGACCCCCGUCACCCCGAUUGGGAUAAGAUGGUAGCGGGACAUGUGCUGGCACGGCGCAGCCUGGUGACAUCUGCUCAGGUAGCAACCAGCCCUGAAACUGGGAUGCAGUUUGGGGCCUCCAACAAGCAGUCUGCUGCACUCCGUGGUGCACGUGAUCUGAAGUCGCCGAUAUCUGAGCCUAUCCUUAUUCCUGAUGGGCCAGGCUUAUCUGGGUUCCAGUUCUCAGAUUCCCAAACCAGCCAACGGAACGUGACCCCUGGGC